CGUGUACGUGUACGACACUUUUGAACUGACUGGACGCGCGCGGAGGGCAAAGUUCACACGGAGGCAAGAUGGCGGCUUCCUGUGACAGUUUGUUGCCGCUGAUUCUGCUGUUGUGUCUGAGCGCUCAGGCCGUGGACCGCAGCAAUUUUAAAACAUGCGAUCAGAGCGCCUUCUGCAAGCGCCAGAGGGAGCUGAAGCCGGGUCAGUCUCCGUACAGAGCUCUGCUGGACACGCUGGAGCUGAGCGACUCCAGACUCACCCUGCAGCUCAUCAAUGACAACAACAAGGUUCGGUUGUUGCUUGAGCUGUACAGACUGCAGGGCAACAUAACACGGGUGAAGAUUAAUGAACUCAAACCACUUAAGCCUCGUUACGAGGUUCCAGAUGUACUCCUCUCUGAUCCCAUUACUGAAGCGCUCUCAGUGGUGGCUCAGGAUGAGAAUAGUCUGGUGUUGUCUCUGGGUGGCAAAGAUCAGCGGCUCAUCGUAAGUGCUCAGCCAUUUCGGCUGGACAUCGUUGAGGGUCCUCAAGUGCUCAUGUCACUCAACUCCCGUGGCCUGUUGGCCUUCGAGCACCUACGAGCACGCAAGGACACUAUCUCUCAAAAAAUAAGUAGCACAGUUGGUAGCAUGUGGGACUCGCUCAAGAGCAUGUUUUCUAGUAAAAGUGAGUCGGAGCAAGCGACAGGACAGGAGAAUGUGGAGCAGCAAACCGAUGAGGAUGGACAGAUAAAAGAAGAAGAGGAUAAACCGGGCAUGUGGGAGGAAACAUUUAAAUCUCAUACUGAUUCAAAGCCCAAUGGUCCAUCGUCUAUUAGUUUAGAUUUUUCUCUACCUGGUGUGGAACACGUCUAUGGUAUUCCGGAACACGCAGACACACUCAAACUGAAAAACACCGACUGUGGUUUCUUUCUUAACGAUAAUUUUGUGUACCAGCAAAAGGCGACUGCCGACGGCCUGAUUCUGCGUUCAGGAGGAGUGCAGAGACCUUUCGUUCUGACCCGAGCAUUUUUUGCUGGAUCCCAGCGCUACGGUGCGGUGUGGACGGGAGAUAACGCUGCUGAAUGGGGUCAUCUGAAGAUCUCCAUCCCCAUGUGCUUGAGUCUGGGCUUAGUGGGCAUCUCUUUCUGUGGAGCUGAUGUUGGUGGCUUCUUUAAACAUCCCAGCGCUGAACUUUUGGUGCGAUGGUACCAGGCGGGAGCUUACCAGCCGUUUUUCCGUGCACAUGCUCACAUAGACACACCCCGCAGGGAACCCUGGCUGUUUGGAUCCGAGAACACCGCCCUCAUCCGGGAGUCGAUACGCCAGCGAUAUGCUCUCCUGCCUUACUGGUACCAGCUUUUCUACAACACACACCGCACCGGACAGCCUGUUAUGAGACCUUUAUGGGUAGAGUAUCCUGAUGAUGUCGCCACUUUCUCAAUUGAGGAUGAGUACUUGAUUGGGAAGGAUUUGCUGGUGCAUCCCGUCACUGAUGAGGGUGCUACUGGUGUUACAGCCUAUCUGCCUGGGAAAGGCGAGGUCUGGUAUGAUGUUCACACUUUCCAGAAGCAUGAUGGAGAUCAGAGCCUCUACAUUCCUGUCACCAUGAGCUCUAUCCCAGUUUUCCAGCGAGGAGGGUCCAUUAUUUGCAGGAAAGACCGUGUUAGGAGAUCUUCAUCCUGUAUGGAGAAUGACCCAUACACUCUUUAUGUUGCGCUCAGUUCUCAGGGUUCUGCUGAAGGAGAGCUGUACAUCGAUGACUUCCAUACCUUCAGCUUUGAAGAAGCAAAGCAGUUUGUCCACAGACAUCUGUCUUUCUCCGCCAACACGCUGUCUUCCAGAAAUCUGGCCCCAGACUCCCAGUUUUCCACUGCCUCUUGGAUAGAAAAAAUUGUGAUCUUUGGAGGGAGUCAACCGUCCUCUGUCACACUGAAAAAUGCAGAUGGUACAGAGUCGGCUUUAGAGUUUGAGUUUGACUCUACACUUGCAGUUUUGACUCUACGUAAGCCAGGGGUCAACGCAGCGGCAGACUGGACCGUAGUCUUGCGGUAACACAAGGAUGACAUGCAAACAACAGAGAAAAGAUCAGCACUUAAUAUCACAUGACCAGACACAAACAAUACAAAAUGAGAGACCAAACUGCGAAUGGGAACAUGCAUAGAAGAAUUGAGAAAUCAGAUGUUUUUAAGACCAUAUUUGUAUGUGUUGAGAUAAAUAUGAAUGCAAAGAAAUUUUGCGAAGCCAUCAGUGAAGUACAGAACCAGUAUAUUAAGAGAGGUGUUUGAUGAGAUUAAAGACUGGCAUUUAACAUUCAUAUUAACAAACUAAUAACUGGUUGAAAGUUAAAACAAAAAUAUAGAUUAUGUCGAUUAUAGACUUAGAUUUUUUUUUUUCUGU